AUGCAACCCACAAGCAGCCUCGUGCGGCCCGAUCCGUACAGCGUGAGGGCCACGACAACAAGCUCACAUCCUCAGCUGCGCGACUUGCUCGUCUUUACGCCCGAAGCCGGCAAUGCGGUCACGACGGUCUGCUACGACUCGCUGUGCUCCGUCGACCUGUAUGCCGCGCGACCGCCCGAGUAUACGCCGCUCCGCUUCUCGCCGUCGACUCUCGCAUACGGUAUGGGUUUCGUGGUCGCAGGUGGACAGUCGAGCGAGUUGGCGAUACGAAGUGCACUGCCAGGGUGCCAUCAGUACCUUCCUUCCUCCUCCGUCCCCAGCGCAACCGGCGUCCGCACCAUCCACUCCGGUUGCAUCAACAACAGCGUCUGCGUCACUCCCUCGCCCAACUCGCCCGAUACUCCUCGACUGCUUGUCAGUUCGAACGAUGAGCUGAUCAAGGUGUACGAGGUCGAGGGUCGGGUGCCUGACUACAAGGCGGCGAAACGGCGACGAGAGCGGGAACGGAAAGCGGGCUGGAGCGUGGUCGAGGCGACGUGGGCUGCCGAGCGAGGGGAGCUGGAGUACGGCUUGUCGGGCGAGGAAUUGGAGGACGAGGACAACGCCGUCGAGGAGCAGCUGUCUUACAACGAGGGAUCCGCCUGCCGCAUCGUCCCCCUGCCUGGCGACGACUUGCGCCUCCCGACUGCCGUCAACCACUGCUCCGUCUCACGCGACGGGAAGUACAUGGUGGCUGUGGGCGACACGGCCGACGUCUUCCUCUACGACUGUCGUGGGGGGCGGUACGAGCUCGCGCAAACCUUCAAGGCGAGCGACGACGCCAGCUUCUCGACCGACUGGUCAGACGAUGGCCUGACCUUUGCCGUUGCCUCGCAAGACGGCUUCGUCCACGUCUACGACAUCCGCAACCUCCCCUCUUCGUCCCGCCCUCCUUCGCCGACCUUGCGCGGCGCGUCAGCGAGUCCGCGCAAACUUGCGGAGCUCAAAACGACGCAAUCUGGACCGGCUGGUGCGGCGAGGAAGGUCAAGUUCAGUCCGGGCGGGAAGCGGAUUGACGGAGGUCUGCUGGCUUUCACCGAGCAUCGGAACCGACUGCAUAUCGUCGACGCCCGGACGUUCGAGACCUACCAAAUCAUCGACGUUCCAACUUCUUCGCCCUCCGCUUCCUCUUACCCGCACAUCUUGUCGGCCGCGCCUCCCCUCCGCCCCCGUCCACAGCCUCCCCCUCGUGCCUACCGCCGCUUUCGACCCUCCCUCUCCCGCAUCCCAUCCGCCUUCUCCUCCCUCGCUUCCUUCAGCGCCAGCGGUGGAGGAAGCGGCACCCAUACUCCACGAGACGAGAAAGAGCGCGACGAGUUUGAGCGCGAGAUGCGUGAGCGGACGGAGAGGCGGUUGCGGGAUGAAGAGAGGCGCACUAGGGACGUUGCGAGGGAGAUCGGAAGGCAAAGGAGGUUGCAUAGGCAGCGGAUGCUGGCCGAGGAUGGGGACGGUUUGGGUGAGGAAGAGCGAGGUGAAGAGCGAGGCGAGGGUGACGAGAUGCAGGUCGAUCCCUAUGACGAGUUGGACGAUCUGAUGCGCACGGAGGAGCGGGGCGAAGACGACGAGGAGCGAAGUGACGCGGAGGGCGACGUGCACGAGGAGGAAGACGAAGACGAUGACGACUCUAGCGCUUCGAGCGUCAACACGACCCGCCCGCGCCGCUUCGCCCCAGCGACAGCAGCGCCCGACUCCGCCGCCGUCUCUCGGACGCUUCCGACGGCGUCGAUGUCCCCUUUCGGCGGCUCGACGACGAACGUCUCCCUCACGGCGGACGAACCACCCAUCCGACGCAACUUCUCCGGCUAUACUCCCUUGAACCCCAACUCAUCCGCUCCCGCUCGCAUUCCUACCUACGCCUCCCCGCCCCAGAUGUCGACCUCGCCAUCCGGCCGCAUCGGCACGUCUUCGUCAUUCUACUACUCGACCUACGUCCCGACCUCGUAUCCUUCCGCCACCUUCAGCUUCGCCACGUCCGCUCCUGCACCGAACCUGCCCAUCACUUCGCUCUUCGCCGCACCGCUCGCCGGGACAGUCGGAACCUACCACGCCACCUCCGCCUUCUUCCCGCUCGAUGCGACACCUGGAGACCUCCUCGGCCUCGACUUCGACGAGUUCGGCGAGCGUGUCUUGGUUGCGACGGGCGAGCGUGUCUGGGAGUGGGAGGUUGACGCGAGGGCGCGGAGGGGAUCUGCCGCUUGGGGAGCGCUGUGA